CGAGGAGAGAAUGAAUAUUCGGAAUCGAAAGGCUUGAUCUUCUUCUUCUCCUAUCUCUUUACUUGCUCAAGGUUUUUAGGGUUUAUCUAUCUCUUUCCGCAAUCAUGGAGUCUCUGGGGAAGCUACAGCUACAUCACCAGCCAUUUCAACUUUCCUUCACUCACACCUCUUCUUCAUCGUUCCCGAAAAACCUCUUCAGGACCUCAAUUCGGCCAAUUUCAUCUUUCAAAUCCGCUUCAAUCAAAGCUUCGUCCUCCAAAUUUCAAGACUCUAUCACCCUUCUCCCAAAGUCCACACCUUUCCGUCUCUUGAAAUCCACAUGCAUCACUCUAACAACCGCCGCGGCGCUGCUAUUGGCGAAUCUCCAUCUCAAAUCGCCGGCGAUUGCAGCUCCCGUCGCGCCUCCACCGUCAGUAGAAAGCAAAGAAAACGUUACCUUGGAAGAUGAAGAGAGAGCGCUUGAUGAGCAUUUGAUUACUCACCCUUCUGAUGUCGACGCUCUUCGUUCCUUGAUGGAGGUAAAGAUCAGAUCUCGAAAGCUUUCAGAAGCCGUAGAAGUGAUCGAUCGUCUGAUAAAAUUGGAACCUGAAGAAAAAGAAUGGCCAGUAUUGAAAGCAAACAUCUUCACCUACAGUGGAGAUUUAGAUUUAGCUAAAACUGGAUUUGAAGAGAUUCUGGCUAAAGAUCCGCUUCGUGUUGAAGCUUAUCACGGCUUGCUUAUGGCUUAUUCAGAUGCAGGUCUUGAUUUGAAAGAGGUAGAGAGUAGAAUUGAGGAAGCAAUGUUGAAGUGCAAAAAAGAGAAUAAUCACAACGAUUUUCGGGAUUUUAAGCUACUCGUGGCGCAGAUUCGGGUCAUUGAAGGAAAGCAUAGUGAAGCAUUGAAGCUUUAUCAAGAGCUUGUGAAGGAGGAACCAAGAGAUUUCAGGCCGUAUCUUUGUCAGGGAAUUAUAUACACAUUGUUGAAGAAGAAAGACAAGGCAGAAGAACAGUUUGAUAACUUUCGGAAACUUGUUCCAAAGAAUCAUCCUUAUAGAGAGUAUUUUAUGGAUAAUAUGAUAGCAACAAAGCUUUUUUCGGAGAAGGCGCAGCGUGAGAUGGCUGAGGAGAUGGCUGGAUCAAGUAGUUGAUGAGAUUAUGUGUAAUGUUUUUAGCGAAUCGUAAUGAGGUGAAGAAUUAUGCUUAGAAGACUUGAAAAAUGUGGUUUUGAUGAUUUUCUGUUGCGGGAUUUUCUUGAUCAUCUUAAGAUGUCUCUUUAGUUGGUUUACAUAAAAGUUGAUAAGUUGAAUACUUGGUUUGAUUUAAUGAUGGAUUUGAAUCACAAUCCAUGUGAUGCUUA